AUAAAAGUGGGUACAAAAUCAUUUUUGAUUUUCUUUUGAUAGUCAACACUCUGUUAAUUAGGAUAAACUACUGUUUGAAACUCCUCUGCAAACAUAACCACAAACUAAAAACCUCUGCAACUUUAAACCCAAGCUCUUGCGCCAAGGUUUAUUCUUCAACAUGGAAGUUUAGUGAAGAAAGCUGCCAGAAGAAAUGGAACAACGAAGAGAUAGAAACGGUGUUGCUCCGCAAUACGAUAGGGUAGAUGAUAAGAGCUUUUUUACUUUGAAGUUGAAGCAUGGCGGAAAAAUUGGUGGGAUGACAGAUUGGUGGGACUAUAUGGAUAUUGAUGAGUGGGGCUUAAUUACACUCAGGGAAAAAGUAAAGAAGUUGGGCUAUGGUUACUCAGAGACGAAAUUAUUCACUUUAUCAAGUUGUGAGUUUGUAAGUGAACUAGUUACUGAUUCUGAUGUUUGGCGUUUAAUGGAGCAUGGUGUGAGCCCUACACAGAUUGAAGUAUGGGUUGAAACGCCCGAGUCCUCAAAUGCAGAAUUUUGUCAUCCAAUUCAUGAGAACGCAGCAGCUUCACAUAGCAUUUGAGGAGGAGGAAAAUGAAGAUCGCCUGAGUUUUGAACUGGAUGAUUUGUAUGACAGUGACUAUGAUAUGAAUGAAACAAUGCUGGAUGAUCUUGAUGUUGACAAGUUUAUUGAUUUCGAUGUUGAAUAUGCAGGAGUAGAUACACCAUGUAACCACACAGUGGAAAAUGAAAGUCAUCAACAUAUAGUGGAUGAGGGCUUGAAUUUUUCUAGAAGUGAUAUCCGCAAAAAUUCAGAAGGUGAGGCAGAGGGUAAGAAAUGGCCGGUUUUCAAACCAUGUGUAGAUAUGAAGAAUCCUAACUUUCGCAUCGGUUUAACAUUUGCAAGCCGAGAUGAGUUUAAAGAGGCUAUACACAACUAUGCUUUCAACAAUGGGAAGGAUUUGAAGUUCGAAAAGAACGAUAAGGUGAGAGUUACAGUUUCGUGUAAACAUCCUAAUUGCCCGUGGAAAAUAAACUGCAGAAAGCUUAGAAAUACUUCUUCUUGUAGAGUGUUGGAUUUUGUUGAGAAGCAUGAAGGAUGCUCAUGGGCGUUUCAUAACAAAAUGGUUACGUCGUCAAAGGUUGGUAAAAGAUGGAAAACUGAAAUAAAGAGCCACAGUAAUUGGAAGAUUAAAGAAUUUAGAGAUAAAGUCUCUUCAGAUGACAAGUUUCAUUUGAGUAAGAGACAAGCAUACAGGGCGAUGAAAAAGGCAAAAGCGGAGAUUCGAGGUGAAGAAGAGGAAGACUUCAGCAAGUUAUGGAGUUAUUGUUUAGAAAUCCAUAACACGAAUCCUAAGACGACAUGUGUUGUUAAGCUGAGUGACGUUGAUGUUACUGGAGAAGGAAAUAGAUUCUUAAGAAUAUACAUAUGUUGGGAGGCUUGUAAGGAGGGCUACAAAUAUUGUAGACCAAUUAUUGGGCUAGACGUUUGUCAUUUGAAAUGCAAAUUAGGGGGCAGUUAUUAACAGCCGUGGGGAUUGAUUCAAAUGAUAGUAUAUUCCCAUUAGCUUAUGCAAUUGUGGAAAGAGAAACAAGAGAUUCAUGGACAUGGUUUUUAGAGUUGCUUAGGAAUGAUCUUCAGAUUACAGCAGUGGCCGAAAGUCAGGUCACACUUGUAUCUGAUAAGCAAAAAGGCUUGAUACUUGCUUGUCAAACUGUUUUACCAGAAUGUUUUCACAGGUUCUGUGUGCAACAUUUACAAAGGAAUAUGCAGAGUGCUGGUUUCUAUGGGAAGGCCAUAAGAGAUGGUCUCUGGAAGGCGUCUAGGGCAUCUACAAUUAAUAGGUUCACUUCAGCGAUGACAGAAAUGAAGAAGAUUGAUUUAAGUGCAUUUAUGUGGUUGUCAGAUAAGCAUCCGAGUGAAUGGUCAAGGUCUCAUUUUAGUGUCAUUCCACAAUGUGAUAUACUGACAAAUAAUAUGUGUGAAUGUUUCAAUUCAAUGAUUCUAGAAGCCAAAGAUCAACCUUGAUUAGAUGCCUUGAGACCCUAAGAAAACAACUCAUGGCUAGAUUUUAUGAUUGCAGAAGUAAAGGAAAGAAAUGGACCACAUCUAUCUGCCGAUGAAUCAUUGACAAAAUUGAAGCAAAUGAAAGAGUAGCUGCAGGGUAUUUGGGCCAGCAAUGUGAUGAACAUUUAUUUGAGGUUCGGGGAAUGUGGGAUGAUCAACAACAUGUUGAUUUAGAAAAUAGAAGUUGUAGUUGUAAAAAGUGGAAACUAAUAGGCAUUCCUUGCGAGCAUGCUAUUUGUGCAAUAUGGAUGAAAAGUGGAAAAGUGCAUGACUUUGUAAAUCUCACAUACUCAACCAAUAUGUACUUAAAAGUUUAUUGAGGUUGCAUUCGACCCAUGGCUGGCCCCAGUGAAUGGCCUGUGACUAGUAGUGAGGCGCCACUUCCUCCAUUGUACACUGCAAAACCUGGGAGGCCAACAAAAUUAAGGAAGAGAUGAGCUGGUGAAGUAACAAAAAACGGGACAAAAAUAGGUAGAAGUCAAAUUCAAUUGCACUGCGCCACAUGUAAGAAGGUAGGGCACAAUUCAAGGACUUGUCCAGAAGACCCUAAAGUGAAAGAAAGGGUGUUAAAUCCAACAAAGAGAAGAAGAAGCAAGAACAAAUAUGUUGGAAGUGUUAGUGUUAUGGUUUCUACCAGAGUUGAACCUAUUGAUGGGGAGCAAACAUUUGUAGCAGCUGUGGAAAGCUCUGAUGUUCGAACUACAACCUUUGAAGAAGACAAAUACUUUCAUGUUUACAUUUGUUAGUUUUUAUUUUGAAAUGAAAAGCCAUUUUCUGGUGUAAGCUUAAACAAACACCGAUGUGCAUCUUUUGAUGCCUCUUUUUUGCUAUUUUGUUAUUUGAAAGUGUUGGGUGUAAAAGAUUCUAGAUUGACAUUUCCAAGUGCUGGGAUGUUUCUGUUCUUUAAAUUUCCAGUUUUAUCAUGUGUUGUUUACUUGUGGGAUUUGAGGUUUUAUCAUAUUAAGUUGUAGGAUUUGGAGUCAUAA